AUGGCUGCGUUCUUCACCCUGGCUCUCCUGACCCUCACGUGUCCUUUGAUGGCCUUUGACAUGGGUCAGUCCACUCGCUGCGUCGCUAUCCCACACCAGAUGAAAGUCUGCAAAGACGUCGGAUACUCUGAGAUGCGACUGCCCAACUUCUUGGGUCACAGCAACCUGGAAGCUGAGGUGGUGCCACGUUCAGAGGACUGGAGGCCUCUGUUGCAGACUGGCUGCCACCCUCAAGCCCAGACCUUCCUCUGCUCCCUCAUAGCCCCCGUCUGUCUUGACACAUUUAUUCAACCAUGCCGUAGCCUGUGUUUGGCAGUGAGGGACAGCUGUGCCCCCGUGCUCGCCUGCCAGGGUCACCCAUGGCCCGAGGCACUUGAUUGUGACCGCUUUCCUGCUGAGGAGGACAUGUGCCUUUCUCCCCACGCAAAGUUUAACGACUUCACCAAAGACUUACCCAAACCUGCUUGCCAAAACUGCCCGUCUGUGGAAGAGGCUCCUGCAAUGAAAACAGUCCUGGAUACUUUUUGCCAGCAUGACUUUGCUGUGACUGCCAAACUUCACCGCCAUCGCCUCCCCAUGGGAGAGCCAGAGUAUGAGAUUGAGGGCCGUGUUGAGUUUAUCCGCCAGGGGCCUCUGCUGCCUUAUGACACCCAGCACCUUCUCCAGCAGUGGCUCCUCAUCAACCUCCGCUGUGCCAACGUCCUCGUGCGCCCCGGACGCUCACAGCUUUACGUGCUGUCUGGUUCCGUGCAGCCCAACGGUACCCUCGCUCUCAUCCGUCUCUUCCCUUGGCACAAAAAAGACGCAAACAUCGCAGUGGCCACCCGCAAGUGGAAGCACCACAGAUGUUGA